GCUCCUUUCUUCUCACUCACUCACCGCGCGAGUACAUGUGGCCGACGGAACAUAUGGCAGAAGCAGACGCCCCGGCCGGUUUCAUCCUUCUCCGCGGAAAACGACGAGCACGACGCAGAAAGGCGCCCUUAUCAUCACUCCCUGCGUUUCUGCCGCUGCGCACAUUGCCUGUUCAGCCCGACCGGCGAACCGGCCAUGGCCGGGGCGGCGCCCCACGUCAUGGUGCUGCCGUUCCCGGCGCAGGGCCACGUCACCCCGCUCAUGGAGCUCUCGCACCGCCUCGUCGACCACGGCCUCCAGGUCACCUUCGUCUGCACCGAGCCCAUCCACAAGCUCCUUCUCGACGCCCUGCCGCGGAACGGCGGCGGCGAGGCGCUGGACGGGAUCCGCCUGGUCUCCGUACCGGACGGCCUGGCCGACGGCGACAGCCGCAGGGACCUAGGCAAGGUCCUGGCCGGGGUCUUGGGGCGCGUGCCGGGCCACGUGGCGGAGCUCAUCAGGGAGACGGAGGCGUCCGGGGAGAGGAAGGUGCGGUGGCUCGUCGCCGACUCCACCAUGGCGUGCUGCUUCCAGGCCGCGAGGAAUCUCGGCGUCCGGGUCGCCUCCGUCUGCCCGGCGUCCGCGGCGUGCCUUGCCACGUCGCUCAGGAUUCCCCAGCUCGUACAGGAUGGCAUCUUCGACCACAAUGACGCGCGUCGCCGGCAACGGCAUGAUCGUCAGCUGGUGCCCCCAGCAGCAGGUUCUCGCGCAUCCGGCGGUGGCAUGCUUCGUGUCGCACUGCGGGUGGAACUCGACGAUGGAGGGGGCGAGGAACGGCGUGCCCAUCCUGUGCUGGCCCUACUUCUCCGACUAGUUCGCGAACCGGAGCUACAUCUGCGACAUUUGGAGGACUGGUUUGGGCGUGACGCAUGGCGAGGACGGCGUCGUCACCAAGGAAGAGGUGAAGGCGAAACUCGAACAGCUCACCGGCGACAAGGGAAUCGCGGAGAGGGCGCGGAUGCUCAGGGAUGCAGCUCGCAAGAGCGUCAGCGAGGGAGGCUCCUCGUACGAGAAUUUCAAGAGAUUUGUCGAUCUCCUGAUGGAGUGAGCUGCACCAUUUCGCUCUUCCUAGAGUUCUACUAGUAUCUUUAUCGUGGCAUCCUGAGAUAGGCCAAGGAGAAUAUAUUAUAUUGGACUUUAGGGGAUCGUGAACAAAUAUUGUCCCGGCUUAUUGCAUCUCCAACAAAUCCGCUUCCCUAAUUUAUUUGUUUCUGGUCCUCCGUCUGAAAAAGUUUGUCCCUCAAAUGAAUGCAUCUAGCAUUAAAUUAGUGCUAGAUAUAUUUAUUCGAGGGACAAGGUUGGAACAAGCUUUUCGGACGGAGGGAGUAUAUCAAAGCAAGUUUGCUAUUUCACAUCUAGAUGCAAUAUACUUGGGGUGCAGGGUAGAAAUGCAAGAGUUUGUUUUUUUACCUAUUUUCCAUCCUGAGCGAUUUUCCUUCGUUUGUCCUUUUAUUUUUUGUUGGUUUUGUGC